AUGUCUCGAGCACCAUCUAGGAAGUUUUGGCCUUCUCAGGUAGAAGACAGCCAAAACCGUGCUGGUUCUGGUGGUACCAACAACAAACCACCAUCUCGCUCAGGAGUCAGGAAGCUUGUGUGUUCUUCGGCAGAAGACGUGCAAAACCGUGGUGAUUCCGAUUAUACAAAUUACAAACCAUUAUCAUUUCAAGAUGUGGCUCCAAGACCUCCGUCUUUGACCCAAAACCUGGACAUAAAAGAUCUUGCUGCUACUCCUCCCUCCCUUAACGCUGUCAAUUCUCAACAAUCGACUUCAGGUACUGAACAUUUGAAAGUUCAUGAUGGAUCCAUGACUAAGCCGCCGCCGCCGGCCGGAGCACUUACUCAUGGUAACUAA